GCACUGUGAUACUGGGGUUGAGAAGGAAGAGGAAGCAAUAUUUUUUUGUCCUCUUGACUUCGGACGUUUGAAGAAGAACGAGGCGCAUUGCACGAACACCGUUUAUACCAAGCAGAAGCAGAACAUCGAGCGUGCGUUUUCUCAACUCUUCCCAACGAAAUGUCCGCUGCAAUUACGAGGACGGCGUCAUCGCCCAUACUUGCCGUUAGCGAUGCUACCGCAACAGGGAAUUUGGAGCGGACCAGUGCCAGCACUACAUCACUUGGGUGGACCGGCGAUGUGGAGGACAGGUAAGAACACCCGCAAGUUUCUAGUCGUAGUCGCUAAUAUCAGGGCAGAUAUUCAGACAACGCUCCUUCGUCAUUCGUCUGCAAGAUUUCUCGUCGUGAUCGUAUUCAGACAGCUUACGUACAUAUCAUGCAAACGUGGAGGCAUCGAAACGCCAAAUCCAUCAGCGUCGUCAUCAUUACCAAAACCUGAACCACAGAAAGCGGUCAAUUCGUCCUGCAUUGUUUUGCGCUUUUCCAGCUGACACAAGUUUAUCAUUCUGAAUUCAGGCCUACAACGAAGACCAAGGUAAUGGCAACCUUGGUGUGCGGGUUCGCUGUCGCCUUAGUGAUAACUUUGGGCGUCGCUGGCGUCCUGAGCAUGCAGAAGGAUGAAGUGGCGAACGCCAGGGCUCUGGAGGAGUCUGAGGACAACGAAGGAACCGAAACGGACGUACCUUAUGGGCCGCUUCCUACGAAGGAACCACAGGCUACAAUUCACGCAACCUGGAAUGAGACGGUGGCGUCUACGGAGGACGGCACCACAAUUACCCAGGCUGCGACUGGAUCGCUGCGGUCAGAAGUGACAGUCCAGCAGCGAAUCGAGUAUCAAAGCGGCGGAAAUGAGUCGCUGCAAUUAAAUACCACAGAAGAAACCGGGAAGCAACGGGAUACCUGAGACAAAGUCCAGAGUCAGAUUGCAAAAUUGAGCUCGAAUACUGCACAGUUUGCAACGCGCAAACUUACGCGUACGAUUCUAUAAAUAGUGUACUGUA